AUGAGAGCCCCUGCAACCAUCAUCCCGGUCGCUGUGCUAAGGCAGAGUAAGAGUCUGAAAAUCAUUGGAAAAAUCGGAUGUCAAAAUUAUCACUUCCUCCUAGAUACUGUUGCCUCACGAUCAGUCAUACGGAUGGAUAAAGUGGACAGUAGCAAGAAAACGCCAGUUAGGGCCUACUCGUUGAAAACAGCUAGUGGAGAACUGAUGGCCAUAAAAGGCCUGAUCGACAUAACAGUCCAGAUCGGGAAUCAGUCAUUCAAACACGAAUUCCUGAUUGCUGACGUCACAGAUGACUGCAUAAUAGGGCUCGACUUCAUGCUGAAAUAUGGCAUUUCCUUAAAUAUCGGCGGAGGCACUUUACAAUGUGGGGACCUUGAAGUACCCUUGCUUGGCGACGAGAAUGAAGAAGAUGGCCGAGUCAGAAGGAUUAAGUUGGUGGAAAAUACAACCUUGCCUGCUAAGUCGGAAAUGAUCAUUUGGGGGAAAAUUGAGAACGGCUAUCCCACGACAGGAACAGCGCUUGUAGAAAGCUUGGACACCAACCCCAACGGGAUAGAAGUAGGAAAGACACUAGUCAUGAUUGGGAAAGACCUAAUGGUGCCCGUAAGAAUUAUGAACCUAGGUACAGAGAAACAUUUGCGGGAAGGUAGCACCAUUGCUGGCUGCCAUGCUCUUGAGAUGAUAAGAAACUGUAGCAGUGAAAACCCCUACGAAAGACUCGAGUCCAGUGAACCGCACGUUACUAAGCUUCUGACAGAAGUCAAAACGAUCUUGUCGAAAGAACAGUACACCAAAGCAGAACAAUUCCUCAGAGAGUUUUCUGACAUAUUGCCAUCUGAUGAAAUGGACUUUGGGCGAACAAACCUAAUCCUGCAUCGAAUAGACACAGGAAACACUAGGCCUAUGCAACAGCAACCACGUCGCCUGCCGCUAGCAAAACACCAAGAAGCUAUGGACAUCAUAGAACGAAUGAGACAGCAAGGGGUUGUUGAAUCAUCCAACAGUCCAUGGUGUUCACCAUUCGUCUUGGUAGAGAAGUGGGUGGUGUUAGAUUAG